AUGGAGAGCGACACCACUGUCAGGAGAAUAAAAGCCUUCGGGACACAGAAUUAUGUAGCGCAAGAGAACGACGGUUCCCCGGACCGGUGCGGGAAUAACGGCUACAGCGAUGACCCGAAGAGGAAGCCCGAAGUGAGCCUGUACUUGCUGCGGGAAGGGCUGGCAGCUUCCCUGGUGUCUGUGUUUAUUUUGGUGCUGUGGGGACUCGUUCAUUUCUCGCUACAGCAGCUCGUCAUUGGGAAGCCGACCGGCGACUUCAGCGCAGUGAGAGCCAGACAACACUUGGAGCAGAUCACCAGCGUCGGCCCUCGGCCGGUUGGCAGCCCUGAGAAUGAAGUCCUGACAGUGGGCUACCUGUUGGAGCAGAUUGAGAAAAUCCGGGUUGAAACAGCAGCGGGCCCCCAUCAGCUCACGGUGGAUGUGCAGCGUCCCACCGGCACGUUCUCCAUUGACUUUCUUGGCGGCUUCACCAGCUUCUAUGACCGUGUCACCAACAUCGCUGUCAGGCUGGAGCCUAAGAGUGGCACACACCAUCUCAUGCUCGCCAACUGUCACUUUGACACAGUGGCCAACAGCCCAGGUGCCAGUGACGAUGCAGUGAGCUGUGCAGUGAUGUUGGAAGUCCUCCAUUCUCUGGCCAACCAGUCGACUCCUUUUCAUCAUGGAGUUAUCUUCCUCUUUAAUGGGGCGGAGGAAAAUAUCCUGCAGGCCAGUCACGGUUUCAUUACUCAGCAUCCCUGGGCCAAGCAGGUGCGAGCCUUCAUUAACUUGGAGGCUGCAGGUGUCGGGGGCAAGGAGGUUGUUUUCCAGACAGGUCCAGAGAACCCGUGGCUGGUCCAGGCCUACGUUCACGCAGCAAAACACCCCUUCGCCUCUGUGGUCGGCCAGGAGGUCUUUCAGAGUGGCAUCAUCCCCUCUGACACUGACUUCCGCAUCUACAGGGACUUCGGUAACAUCCCAGGCAUUGAUCUGGCUUUCAUUGAAAAUGGUUUCAUCUACCACACCAAGUACGACACUGCUGACAGGAUCCUGACAGACUCGAUACAGAGAGCUGGCGACAACAUCCUGGCCGUGCUGAGGUACCUCGUAAUGUCAGAGAAGCUGGCAGAUUCCUCCGAGUAUCGUCACGGCAACAUGGUGUUUUUCGACCUGUUGGGGGUGGUCGUGGUGGCGUACCCAGCCCGUGUCGGCACCAUCCUCAACUACAUGGUAGCCACAGCCACCUUCCUCUAUCUGGCCAAGAAAGCCUCACUGCCGGGCAACGGAGGUGGGCGCUAUGUCAGAGAUCUGGCCUGUGCUACAGGUGUAGCAGUCCUGAGCUGGUUUGUCACCCUGCUGUCGGUGCUGAUUGUGGCUCUGAUCGUCACUCUGCUGGGACGCUCCAUGUUCUGGUACACUCACUUCUACGCCUCCAUCUGCCUGUACGGGACUGCUUCCACGGGCAAGAUGAUCCUUAUUCACACGCUAGCCAAAAACCUGUACUUUGGAGGUGUCCGCCUGGUGGAGCUUGGUGAUCUCUUCUUCGACGUGAGCUUGUUUCUGUGGUGCUGCAGCCUGGUGUGGCUGACCCAGCAGGGCCUGUGUUCAGCCUACGUGCCCAUGUUAAUGGUGGCCUUCCCCCUGGCCACUAAGCUACUGCUGGCCAAGGAAUUUAAACAUCGAGGAGCGUCAGUGAAGUACAGCGUGCUCUAUCUGUUUGGCCUGGCGCUGCCGUACGUUCACUUCAUGUUCCUCAUCUGGGUGGUGUUUGAGAUUUUCACACCUAUCAUGGGUCGCAGCGGCACAGAAAUACCACCCGAGGUGGUGCUGGCCUCCCUUGUCACCCUGGCAACCAUCUUCCUCUCUUCCUUUUUUCUGCACUUCAUCUACUUGGUACGGAGCACCAAGUGGAUCCUGGCCGGUUUGGGCUCAGUCUUUGUCGUCAUGUUCCUGCUGAUGUCCUGCGGCCUUCUCUUUCCUUAUUCAGGCGAUCCAGACAGCCCGCGCCCGAAACGUGUCUUUCUGCAGCACACGACACGGACCUUCCAUAAUCUUCAGGGCCAGGUGGAGAGCCGGGACUCGGGUCUGUGGAUCAACAGUUUUGACUUCACGGGAAUGCAGCACGUCACUCCCCACAUCCCUGAGAUCAAUGACAGCGUUCGCACCCACUGCCGUGAGGAUCGGCCCUUCUGUGGUUACCCCUGGUUCCUUCCUGUGAAGUUCCUCAGCAAGAAGAACUGGUACCUUCCUGCUCCAGAAGUGUCUCCCAGCUCUCCAGUGGAGUUCAGCCUGCUGUCCAAAGAGGAGACGAGCUGGGGGACAGUCAAGAUGACCUUCAGUGUAAAAGGUCCCAGCCACAUGUCGUUGUACCUGAUGCCUCACCGGGGAGCCAGCCUCUCCACCUGGUCCUUCGGGGACGGGACGCCUCAGUUUGACCUGAGUGGGGAAUAUUUCAUCUUCUACUCCCACGGCCUCGAUGCCCCCACGUGGACUUUCUGGUUUGAAAUACAGCCUCCCAGGGACCCGGACCCGUCAGGCCCCGAGGGGAUGAUCUCCGUCGCGAUCUCCGGCCACUAUUUCUUCGGACAAGACCAGAGGACUGCUCAGCUGGAGGGAAUCCUCCGCAGGUUCCCCACAUGGGCUUUUCCCUCGUCUUGGGUCAGCACCUACGACAUGUACCGAUACUGAGGACGCCGCACAUCAACGGAGGCUGACGCCGACUAGAGCCGAGGGCUGCAGGGGGCCCGCGAGACAGACGAGACAGACUUCAAGGAACAAUACUGCGGACCAGCCCUGCCGCCUUUCCACUCUGACACAAACACACUCUCUAACACAUGCUCACGCUCCCUCCCAGCCUGCCUGAGAGACCCCCAUCACUGUGUCAGUAGGUUUAGUAGCUAACCGAGCAGGAAGAGGCACGCUGAGAUGUAGCGGGAGGUAAGCUGAUGGGUCAGCUUACAGACUGACUAACUCACCGUCCGGCGCACCGGCCACCGCAAGCCUCGUGCUCACUCCUGGGUUAGUGAAACGAAGGGGUUAAGAUCUUUUUUUUUUUUUGUACUCGAUCUGUCGUGCCUUUGCUUUUACUCCGUCCAUCUCACCCCCCUCCUCAUAUUCCUUCAUGCUCACUUCCUCCCGUUCUUUGUCUCUCAUGCUCUUCCUGAAUGAAUAACGUCGCAUGGCUACCUCCCCCCUGCUCUCUCUCUCUACCGGCGAACCACUCGAGUAGAUGCGUGUCUGGCCUUCCCCUGCAAAAUCAACACAACCACUGUCUGUAGGCGUAGUGACAUAUGGAUGGGAGAUGGAGACCUGUCCUUUUUCGACUUUAACUGGAAACUUUGACACUUUGAAAGUCGCUGUUCAUUAACGCGCACUUGGUUUUGACAUGAGCGAAUAGUUUUUUGUUAAAGCUAAUCAGUUAACGGUGAGAUUGCUCAUUGUUACUGCUCACAAACAAACACCACUGUUUUGCCGCAGAUUGCAGCCCCCGCAUUUCAGUUUUGUGGAAUGCCAAAAAUCUGCUUUGGCUGUCAGAGAAUCUGGCACGCAGAUGCAGAAAACCGCGCCGGUGAAAUGAAAACAGCUGGCUCAAAUCAAAAUGUCAAGGUGUCCUUUAACAGACGUAGCUUCCCUGAAGAUUUCGCACCGACAACUUUGAGGAGUUUUUUUUUUUUUUUGUAGGUUUUUUGACCUGAUGUGUCCGAGCAAUGACGUACUUCAGGUUUACGGCUUGAUGAGAUCGGAUCUCACGGGAAACUUGUUUCGGUAUAAAUGUCCUGUCACUCCCUGAGCCUGGAGGGUGACUGGGUGGACAACCAGCAACGCAACUCCACACUGCCUAUCAGCGUCAGUUUCAGUUUGCUUGUUUCGCGUCUCAUGUGGCUGAAGUGUUGAUUAUGGGCGUUUGCUGUUACUAUAAUAGCAUUUGUACUCGGUUUCACUCACUUAACUUCUGCCCGGAGCUGUCCCCAGCAGCACCAGUGAAGUAUCUUUUUGUAACGAAAUAAAGUAGAGCUGUAGAGUCUGCAGCUCUUUUGAUAAUUGAAUCAUUGUUUUAGUUAUUUUUCCAUUAAAAAUGCCAUAAAUCCGCUGGUUCCUGGUUCCAGGGUUUUCUGGAUUUUUUCAUAUAAUGUGUGAUAGCGAAGGAAAUAACAUUUUACAAGAUUUCUGAGUCUACAUGUGUGCAAAUUAAUUUAAAAAAACUAAUCCAUAUAGCAACUUAACAACAAAACAAAAUACCUAAUGCUUUACUUGAAGGGUCCGUUAUUUCAUAAAAAAACAAACAAAACAAACUGCUGUUUAGUAAUAAUCAUAUGUAACACAGAGGCUGUGUUCAGUUUGUAUAAUAGUAAGUUUCCAGCUGCUGAUGCACAUGUGUUAAAUUAGUCUACAGGCAGGCAGCCAAUACAAAACACAUGGAGAACGAGGUCUCCAAUGAUAACUAGAUGAAUAUUUAAUUAGCUUUUCUUAAAAGUAAAGACAUGUUUCCCUUUCGAUUAGUACAGAAAUGCAAAAGAAUCUUUAAAUGAAAUCAUCCAGCUGAUAACAGGAUGCAUUGUGCUCAACUGUUCAUUUAAUUUCCGACUUCUUUCCAAGACUGUAUUGUUAUGCUUUGGUGCUGCUGCCGACAGCUCACAGUGUCAGCUGCUGUCCGCUCAUUUUUGUGGCGCGCGUUGCUAAUAUUUCACCGCAUAUUUUAUCGUCUAGAGUCCGAGCAUCACGACCGCAAGCCAGUUAACAUGUCUCAAGACUCCAGGCCCCAACAAACCAGUCACGGCCAGGUUAUACUAGAACUGGGGAGACACUUGGUUUUGUUGAGUAAGGGGAUAAAAGCUCACAUAUGCAGGCAGAAGUUUUUUCAGUCUGUCCUGGAGGAAAUUCAUUGAGCCGCUUCAAAAUGGUUGUGCAGAAAAGUGGAAAAAAAGAGUGAGAAAAGUUUGAUCCCCUUUUUCUCACCUCCGCACAGCCGGUCGGUCAGGCUGUGAAUGUUGGGUUGUUGGUUUUAAAACUCGUAGAAAUGUGACAUCGGACUUCACCGUCCGAGCAUACCGGCCCCCCUUCGGUGUCACCACUACCUCCACUAAGACCGCACUUGAGCAUUCAACACCGUUACUAACGUUUCUUGAAUGUCGUUGGAAAACCGUUAAGAUUAUUCAUAUUAAAGAGAGAGAUGAUAUUUUAAUGGGUCAUAAAGCAUUAUCGUGUUUGUCUGUGGGCUACCGCUGUUUUCUGCGAACAAAGUGGAGAUUUAGAAAAUGUAUCUGAAAAAAGGGGUUUGUUGUCAAAGAAUCAGAGCGAGCGUCCCCCUCCCUGCCUUCUGUCCCGCGCUCUGAUGAAAUCUGUUGAAAGAGGCACUUUGACUCUUCUGAUGCAUUAAGAAUUAAAGGAGGUCGCUUAUUUUUAUUUAUUUUUUUCUGCACUCGGGAGAUCUGCUGAGCAAAAAAAACCUCGUCUCUCGUCCAUUUCGUGUUACGCCCGGCGACUAGCCGUCGUGGCAAUCCGCGUUUUCUCGUUCAGCUUCAGUCACACACACACACACAAAAAAAAUUAAGAAUGCUGACAUUGACGGAGGCCUUAACAUUUAGCUUCCAAAGACGCACAAAAUGUUUACUGUAGUGGACACAAACGUCUCAGUGGUCUUAAAAAGCUAUCAGGUGCUGCACUGUACAGAGUUUCUGUGUUCCCCAAACGUCGUCUAUUGGAAGGUUUGAAACUUUAAAUCCAUCACGGCCUUUAACAGUGCUCGGCGAGUUUGAAAACAGAUUGUCCCACUAUGCUCCUUUUUUUUUGUUUUAUGCAAGAUCUCGCCAAAAGGUCGACUCAGUAGCUGCUUCUGGAGCUUUUGAUUGUACCAAGUGAUCUUCCUCGGCAGAUGGUAGUUUGUUCUGACCUCUCAUCAGCUCGAAAAGUUGAAAAUUUGUUCAGAUUGUAGUUCGUUCUGACUUUUCGCUGGCUUGAAACUUACAAGUUUUAGCCCUUUUUUAUGAGCUCAAGUGAUAUUUGAAUUAGCAGACAUGAACAGACAUGAAGUACAUAAGACCGCUGUGAUACGGUUGAAAGCUCCGCAGCAAAUCAAUCAGACAUCUGCUGUUAUGAAUUUGACUAUAAAUGCUACAUUGAAUUUAUUCGGCUGCUGAGAUUGCUGGUGAAUAUUGUAGAGAUGACGUACUCACAGUUCAUCUUAAAGGACCAUUCCUGUGUUUUUUGAUAAGCUAUAGCCAUUUGAAAUAGAUCGUACGUAGUUCACCUGCUGUAACCUUUAUUCAGUCAGCCAAAGCAGCCAGACUGUUCACAUGGAGAUGAAAAGAGGAACAACAACUGCCUGCUGCUAGAAGAAAACACAUGGAUGGAAAGUAGUUGGUUAUGAAUGUGCUAAAACACGAGAGGGCAAAAAAAACAAACAAAAAAAAACAACAAAACACCAGCGUGGUCCUUUAAUGUAUUCCAUCAUUUGUUCGUCCUUAACAGAUGCUGCUGCGUUAACUCUGCACACGUUAGUGAUGGAGUCCCUCACUCUGCACAGCUGGCCAGGUGUGUCCUGCACUGUGAUUGGUCAGCACCUCGCUCGCUCUCUGAGCUUUGAACCUGCAUUGUGUUCAAAGGAACACUUUGGAAAUUCAGUCAUUAUUUUACUCAGCCCCGCGCCGAGAGGAAGUCGGCCGGAGUUUCGCAUGUCCGCAAAACAUUCCCGGAGUUUCUCAGCACUCUCCCAAACAGCUGAAGAAGAUGGGGACUUGGGCGAAAAUGUAAAAAAAAAAAAAGAGGCUCAACUCAGCUCGCUCUCUGGAAGCCAAAUUGAUUAAGACCCUUGACAGAAGUUGGCACGCGGAAGCUUUCUCUCAUUUCUCUCUGUUGAAGCAUCCGGGUAAAGGAAACACUAAAACCAUCACUUUAUAUAUUAGCACAGUUGAAUGAAGCUAGAAGAUGUCAGACUAGUCAGAUUUUACAGAGCUCUCUCGCAAUUUCGCACAUCUCGGCUUCCAUCGGAGAUCGUGCGCCCAGUUCAGGCAGCGUGCGUAUUUAGCCCAGCAGCUGCAGUGAAGAUUUUGGCUUGAAAGGUUAAAUAUUGUACUUUUUUUGAAAAUCAGUGUGGGAUCUCGAGGCUUCCAGGGAUUUGGAUCACACUGGAGUUGUAUAGAGCCAUUUUUAUUUCUUUUUGGUUGUUUUUUUCUUACUUUUUAAAACCAGUCCCCAUCUGCUUCAGCUGUUCAGGCGAAUGCUUCAACGUUGUUUUGCUGUUUCUGUGUCCGGAAACGUUCUGUGGAUUAUGGAAAUUCACUCCAACUUCUCGCUCGCACAGGGGCAAGUAGAUAAAGGCUGGAUUGUUUUAUUUUUGUCUGAACUGUUACUUUAAGUUCCGUAGCAUGCGUUGGUUGUCACUGAUCAGCGCGGCAGUGCUCGGAUAUCAGAACCAUGAAUGUGCUUUGUUUUUUUUGUUUUUUUUUCUUCUCACAAAUAACGUCUUUAAUUUGUUACUGUGGACAGCGAGAAGUGAGCCAGGCUGCUGAAAUGUAUCCUGUCAUGUUGUCCUUUUGACCUCACGUCUGACGAUGAGAAACCUGCAAAUAGCAAGCCGACUCUACAGCUGAAAUAAAGCCAUGUGUUCGCGGCAAAAACACCUCCAGCGAACACACAUUUUGUUCCUCAGCGUGUAGAUGUUUGACUUAAUGAAAGUUGCGUCUGCGGGAGGAAAAUGAAAAAAAGCUUUAUUAACAAUUUAAAAGAGUAUUUUUCUAAAAUUCUGUUGUAAAGGUGUUUCAUUUCUUUUUUGUUCAAGGCUAAAGGAAAAGUGUGGACGCAGAAGCGAGCGAGUUGGUUCAAACUCGCGUUUUCUGACCACCAAUGGUGUCAGAGAUUUCAAGUCGUGGAAGAAAUCUGAACGUUUUGUUAAUAGUUCUAAUAUGAAAUGGGAUGAUGAAUGACGAGAGGUGUGCUUUUUUUUGUUCUGUAAACGGGAAGAAAACACAGGAGGAACUGCUGUAAAUGUGGGACGGGGCCCGGGGAGAUGUUUGACGUAAAACGCUGUGCAAUGGUUUCAUCCGGCGCCCCCCGUCAGAGCUGCUAGAGAGCUUAACGUAGAGAAAAACAAACCUCCUGUUGUGACAAAGUGAAGUUAAAGUCACUUUGUGAGGGAAUCUAACGUAUUAAUGUGACUCAGCUUGGCCUGAGAGGCUGCACAGUGUGUCGUCGUCGUCGUUCAGUGUAAACUCACACUCAGAUGUAGCUCUACAUCGCGUCUAACAGUCAGUCGAGGAAAUCUCGAAACCAUCGUUCACACAGAUGUCCAUAUCAGUUUAACCUUCUUCUGGGAUACACGUUGAAAUGUCUUAAUGGCUGUUGUUGACCGAUGACCUUUUUAUUUUUUUUUUUAAUAAAUGUUGGUUAAAACGGUUUUGUUAUUGUUGUUACUGUGUAUUUUUCUUUCUUUCUGAAACAUCUUGCCUUUCUUCUCUUAAAGGUUCAGCUUCUGUUCUUAAAGUUAAAUGAAUUUUUUUUAAACAAGACUGAUCAUUUUCUUGUUUUUUUGUGAUUGAUUUGACACUUUUAAGCGUAAAAGUAAAACUGUAAUUGUUUCUCCUUUUUGAACUGCUGUUUUGCUUUUUUUUUUUUUCCAACUGUAUAUGGAAUUGAGUGAUUGAUACGACGUUGAUCAUGUUGCUAUUGGGAUUGAUCUGGUUACAGGGUAUCCAUCUAUUGAAAUGGACGGGAUGAUUUUACAUUAUGCAAAAAGCUUGAAUUAAAUUAGCACUUGUACAGCGAUUAAAAUGCUUAUUACGUUAA